AUAAACACGGAUACGAGAGAAAGAGAGCUCUUGUGUCCAAACCCUAGAUUUCAAGAUCGAUCUAUCUUCUUUCUCGUGAAGACACCGCUCUCUACUCGAUUCCUAUGAUUACUCUCUAGAUCCUUUUCAAUUUCCCCCCGAAAGGUUUCUCGAUUUUGAUCCCCCAAAUCGGAGCUUGGAGCUACCGGAUCUUAUGGAGUGAAGCCCGAUCAUCCGUUUCUUUGUUACAAGUUGUCGUUUUGUAGCUGCGAAGAUUCCUCGGAGAAGGAGAUUUGGAGACAUCACCGGCGCCAUUCUCAGCUCGGCGAUCACACGGACGUUCUCGUUCCUUGAAUCUGCAGGAACUUUUCCAGGAUUCGUUGAUUUGGAUUGAUUUUGCUACACGCGUGGAGUUUCCUUCUGUGAAGUCGAAUCAGCGAAGUAAAAAUUGAAUCUUUAGGGUUUUCUUAGUUUGUAUUUACCUUUUUGUUUUGGAAAUCAAAUCUCUGGCCUCGUUUUUUUUUUUUAAUAAUCCGGAGGCCUUGAUUAGGGUUUUCAAAAUCUAGUAGCUUUGUGUCAUGAUCUUUAUAAGAUAAGUAAUAGAUAUAUGUAUUUUUUUGCUUUUUAUAUCAGAUACAAAUUUUCAAUGGCAAUUUAUUACAAGUUUAAGAGUGCAAGGGAUUAUGAUACCAUUGCCAUGGAUGGUCCUUUUAUAUCCGUCGGUAUUCUCAAAGACAAAAUUUUCGAAACUAAGCAUUUGGGCACUGGUAAAGACCUUGAUAUUGUCGUCUCCAAUGCCCAAACUAACGAAGAGUAUCUGGAUGAAGCAAUGUUAAUCCCAAAGAAUACAUCUGUCCUUAUUCGUCGGGUUCCUGGACGUCCUCGCAUCACAGUUAUUACCACACAAGAGCCUAGAAUCCAGAAUAAAGUGGAAGACGUUCAGGCUGAAACCACCAAUUUUCCUGUUGCUGAUCCAUCUGCUGCUGAAUUUCCUGAAGAUGAGUAUGACGAGUUUGGGACUGAUCUUUAUUCCAUUCCUGAUACCCAAGAUGCCCAGCAUAUUAUUCCACGUCCUCAUCUUGCAACCGCAGACGACAAAGUAGAUGAAGAAAGCAAAAUUCAGGCGCUGAUUGACACUCCAGCACUUGACUGGCAACAACGACAAGGUCAAGAUACUUUUGGAGCUGGUAGAGGUUAUGGGAGGGGUAUGCCUGGAAGGAUGAAUGGACGUGGUUUUGGAAUGGAAAGGAAAACGCCACCUCCAGGUUAUGUGUGCCAUCGUUGCAAUAUCCCUGGACAUUUUAUUCAGCAUUGCCCCACAAAUGGAGACCCUAACUAUGAUGUUAAGAGAGUUAAGCCACCUACUGGUAUCCCCAAGUCCAUGUUGAUGGCGACCCCAGAUGGUUCUUAUUCCUUGCCAAGUGGCGCAGUUGCAGUUCUGAAACCAAAUGAGGAUGCUUUUGAGAAGGAAAUGGAGGGAUUGCCAUCAACAACACGUUCUGUAGGAGAACUUCCACCUGAGCUAAAAUGCCCAUUAUGCAAAGAAGUGAUGAAAGAUGCUGCGCUUACAAGCAAAUGUUGUUACAAGAGCUUCUGUGACAAGUGUAUCAGAGAUCACAUUAUUUCAAAGUCAAUGUGUGUUUGUGGAAGAUCAGAUGUACUUGCUGACGACCUUCUACCAAACAAGACCCUCAGGGAUACCAUAAACCGUAUUUUGGAAGCUGGAAACGAUAGCACUGAGAAUGUGGGCAGCGUUGGCCAUAUCCCAGAUUUGGAGUCUGCACGCUGUCCACCUCCCAAGGCUCUAUCUCCUACUACAUCUGUUGCAUCUAAAGGCGAGAAGAAACCAGUACUUAGUAACAAUAAUGAUGCUUCAACUUUAAAGGCGCCAAUGGAAGUUGCAGAGAUCACAAGUGCCCCUCGUGCAUCUGCAGAAGUGAAUGUAGAAAAGCCAGUUGAUGCAUGUGAAAGCACUCAAGGGUCCGUGAUUGUGAAAGAAGCAACAGUGUCAAAGUUGAAUACGCAAGCCCCCAAGGAAGAAAUGCAGCAGCAGGUUGCUGCUGGAGAGCCAGGAAAAAAGAAGAAAAAGAAACCAAGAGUGCCUGGGAAUGACAUGCAAUGGAAUCCUGUGCCAGAUCUAGCAGGCCCUGACUAUAUGAUGCAAAUGGGACCAGGUCCGCAGUACUUCAACGGCAUGCAACCUGGCUUCAAUGGCGUACAACCAGGCUUCAACGGUGUUCAACCUGGCUUCAAUGGCUUUCACCCUGGCUUCAAUGGAUUUGGAGGCCCGUUUCCAGGCGCAAUGCCUCCAUUUAUGGGUUACGGAUUAAACCCAAUGGACAUGGGAUUUGGUGGGGGUAUGAAUAUGAUGCAUCCAGAUCCAUUCAUGGCACAAGGAUUUGGGUUCCCUAAUAUACCACCACCCCAUAGGGACCUAGCUGAAAUGGGAAACCGAAUGAAUCUCCAACGUGCUAUGAUGGGCAGAGAUGAAGCCGAAGCCCGAAACGCUGAGAUGUUAAGAAAACGUGAAAACGAGAGACGACCUGAAGGUGGGAAGAUGUUUAGGGAUGGAGAGAAUAGCAGAAUGAUGAUGAACAACGGUACUUCAGCCUCUGCAUCAUCCAUCAACCCUAAUAAAUCUGUAUGUCUCCUUUUGUUUGACUCAUCUUCCCCUCUCGCUCUCUCUUUCUUCUUUUCUUUGUUCACCUGUGCUUCGCUCUCUCCCAUUUACUUUUGGUUAUAUGUUAUUAUUAUAUCAGAAAAUGGCUCCAAAUUCUCUUCCCUGAUUCCCUCAUUUUGCUUAUUUUGAAAACCCAAAAAAAAAAAAAAAAAAACUUGAAGAAAACUAGGGGAAAAUAUAUUGGUUUCUAACGUAAUUUUCUGAAAUAUAAAAUUGGGGUUUAUCAGAAACUAAGGGCUGUGAAUAAAAAGGAAAAGAAAUAGAAGGGUAGAUGGCUAAAAAGCCUAAAAUGCAAAAUAGUAGGCGUAGGAACCGAAAGGUGACGACGGUAACUGGGCUAUUGAGCCCAUUUCCUUUUUAUUUGUGGGCCGAAUUCAAUACAUAUUUUAUUAUAAUAAUUUGGGCUAACAAUUGUUUUACAGAGACAAGCACCUCCACCACCAAUCCACGAUUACGAUCGCCGGAGACGACCGGAGAAGAGACUAUCCCCAGAGCAUCCGCCUACGCGUAAAAACAUUUCCCCGUCUCGCGACUCCAAGAGAAAAUCCGAGCGUUAUCCUGAUGAACGAGAUCGGCAACGCGACCGUGAGAGGUCACGUCACCAAGACGUAGAUCGUGAACACGACCGUACUCGCGACCGUCGCGAUGAAGACAGAAGCCGAGAUCAUCGCCACCACCGUGGUGAAACCGAACGCAGCCAACAUCACCACCGCAAGAGAUCGGAACCGCCUUCAUCGGAGCCACCAGUCCCUGCUACUAAAGCAGAGAUCGAGAAUAAUCUUAAGUCUAGCGUAUUCGCUCGGAUAAGUUUUCCGGAGGAAGAAACAUCUUCUGGUAAACGAAGAAAGGUGCCUUCCUCUUCUUCUACUUCUGUUACGGAUCCAUCUGCUUCCGCCUCUGCCGCAGCCGCCGUGGGAACAUCAGUUCACCGACACAGUAGUCGGAAGGAAAUAGAAGUAGCAGAUUAUGAAUCUAGUGAUGAAGAUAGGCAUUUCAAGAGGAAGCCGUCAAGGUACGCGCGAUCACCACCGGUGGUGGUUAGUGAUGUGAGUGAAGAUAAACUCCGAUACUCAAAACGUGGAAAGGGGGAGAGAUCUCGAGCUUGACAUGGAUUUUCAAACAUGUUUUUUUUUUUUUUUGUAUAAUCAAAAACAGAGAAUGAGAAUCUUCUUGUUUUGCUGUAACGAACAAAGAGAGAGAGUUCUUUUGUCAUCGAAUUCUUUUUUAAUUUUUGUAGUGGAAUUCGAUUUCGUAACUACUUUAUUCUUAAUCUAUGAGACCAGCGAAUUUACAGUGAGAAAUUUAGUGUUUGUUUUGAC